CUACAGGGCCGGCACGCCACAGAUGUGGCGUGCUCAGCGAGGCUAGCGCUCAUUUCCUACUCGUUUCCCUCGUUUCCUACUACUCGUUUCCUACUCAUUUCCUAGGCUUAUUUAUACUCUACAGAAUGCCACGACGUCGCAGUACAAACCAAUACCAACAUUUCAUUCCACGGUUCAUAUUGCGAAGAUUCCAAGUCGGGCCUGUGAAGUCCAGAGCAGAACGAGAUAGAGAAUUUGGACGCACUGGUGUUGAUCCUGAAUACGUCCACUACUAUGAUAUUGCUACAGGCAGCCUUGACAUACGCCCUAUUGGAAAGGUUUACGGCGUACCGAACUUUUACCAGGACAUUCGUAACACUGGAAAUAUCAACGAACUAGAGGAGAAAUUAGGGGACCUCGAAAGUCAUGCAGCCUCCAUCAUCACAGCCUUGCAUAAAGAGCUUCCUCAGGGUACUUUCACUCUGAAGCGCAGGCCUCUAGAGCGCCUGCGGAAGUUCCUGUUUGUCAUGCAUUAUCGCAAUGUAUCGUGCUCCGGCACCUACUUUCAAGUGGAUCACCCGGAAAACGCAGGGGGCCGUCAGUGGAUCGAGUCCUUCAUGAGGGCGAAGGGUCUUCAAUCCUCUGUCGAGGUGUGGCUACACUUCCUCAGAUACUACCUGGACAUGUCUCAUUCAGACAUCAUGCGCGAUGCUGCUGAACUCAUCGAGAAGUACGGUGAAGAAGGUCUUCAAAAAAUGAUGACCAAAUCCCAUAUCUCACCUGAUCUCGAACUCUUCCCAGCUUACACUUACCACACUCAGGCAAACGGCUACUUCUUCAGUAUAUGGGAAGCCGCAGAAGGGGAAGAAUUUAUCAUCGCGCACAAUGCAUUUGGUUUGUGGGAAGGUUUGGCAGGUGGCUCCCCUGGCCUGCACCGCAUAUUUGUAGUCAGCCCCCGCAUUGCUAUCGUCCUGCGCGGUGUUAUAUCGCGUCCAGAAUUGAAAGAACACCUAAUGCCAGGCGCCCUCGUGAGCUCCUUGCUCGACGUGAAUCCAGCACCACCGACUCCAAUUUACAGCAGUGGAGGGAAUAACAUGCACAUUGACCACUUCCAAUCCGCGAGGUCACUUGCACGUUACAGAUCCUCCCAGGAUGGGGAAAACGACAGCUUUGUGUUCAAGAUAACAAAGCUGUCGAGACCCCAAACGUUGGCGUUCAAUUUCGUUGUAUUGGUCAACAUGACGGAGACAGGCUCUUUGACCUUUCUGUCAAGUGCGAGUAUGCUUCGCACCUCGCGUGCGUUCCGGUGUUUGCCAAUGAAUUUCCUGGCGAGCGAGCUGCUCGUUCCGCUCAUUGGGCGCUUGACUGCCACUACGGAGACAGAAGUGUCGGCUCCUCGUCAACCAUUGCAAUCACCAACGGCUGUCCCUGGCAGUGAUAUUGAUGCCCUUAAACUCGUCGAUAUAGAGCUUUAUGCGCUUCUCAUGCAAAUAUGCAUGGGUAGCAAACGGCUCCCUUCUGCAUAUGACAGGGCCCAUCUAGUCCUGAAGAUCAUGGAGAAAGCAAAGCCCACCUCAUUCGCAGAUGAAAUCAGGCGAGAGGUCACGAAGGUUUUUAAGGUCUGCAGAGGAUAUUUGGAGACUACCGUGUCUUUCGCUGAGGGCGCCCGUUUCGCCCCCUUGCUCCCUUCGAUUUCCACCGAGUCGUCUUCUCAACUCUUCCAAUUCAUGAUACCACACAUGAGCACACUUGGCGCGGUGAUGGCUGGAGGUGAAGGGAUUUUGGAAGAGGUUCAAGAUGAAGUCGCCGUGCUGAGCUUUCUGCAACGUGCGUCAUGCAGCCCUGGCGUGUGGCAUACACUCUCGUGUAGCAGCCCACAGGCCCCCGAAAUCUUGUCAAGGCUUUUCAAGGAAGGCACGUCAGCAGAUAGAUGUGUCUUGUACUUCACGCGGUUUUUGUACGAGCGGCGGGCUUCACCAUCAAAUUUCUCUUCCGGUUUUCACAUGGCAUAUUCGUUACGAGGAUUAUGCGGGAUGGCUGGGCCGACCACCAAUCCCAUCAGUCAGAGAUACUAUCAGUUAACAGCUUCUAUGAUCCAAUGUCUUGGUCGCAUGAUGCUGGGGUCCCUGCCGGAACCGUACUCUUCGCAACCGCGCGAGAGGCCCAAGGCUCAGCUCGCUUACAAGAUGUCAGAAGAGCAUUCAAACUUGCUUUUCUCGAAUAUGAAGAUGAUGUUGCGGAAAUCGCUCCCGGGAUACAAGCCAUCUCCGGGAGGGGAUACUAGAGCCGAAACCGUCAAAAAGUGGAUAGAUGAGAUGGCCAUCGUCGGCUGUCUUGCGUGGUUGGGGAAGCACAGGAGGAAUUUCUUGGACUGCGUUCUGGAUGCGUUUUCGCAGGGUAUGAAUUUCAAGCUGUUUGAAGACGAAGAAGCCACUGGGAGUGCCUCGGGCUGAAUCAGCUUGUGCGUCUAAAGCGUUCAAGAACAACUUACUGAGUACUUGCUGGGAUACAUCAGUUGUACAUAUUAUAUCAAUAAGAUGCUUUGCAAUUUGACCGAAUCAUCAGGCACGAAGCUUCAAGCUUGACGGGAGUAGGUGGGACAAUAUUGUGUGUAUGAGGAGGUUCCAGUAAUACUGGUGCCACACUGGUGUAAGGAUACUACAGAAGGCGGCGCCGCUGGUAGUAGCACGGCAGUGCAAGUGUCAUCUGCCAGUGGCAGUUUGGAUAGGAAAUAUCAGACCCGCAAGUGGUACUGCAGGGACUGCACGAGUUCUUCCAUUACCGCGACCUAUCACUGGCUGGGGCCGGGCUGCCAGGCAAGAGGCAUUUUUCGAACAAGCAUAUGUGCUCCCGAAAAUUCCAGUGAACUGUCA